UCUGCUGUUUCUGCAGACUAUGGUCGCCAUUACAACAUGGCGCUGGCUCCGCUGUGGUCUGUGACAAACAACUCCUUAUCUAGGAAAGUUGGCACAUGAUUUUUCACCACCCUGUGAGAAAGCUCCACGCGGCAGCUUUGCAUUGGGGCUUGGGAUGCUUUAUUAAGGCUGGGAGGGGCAUCCGAGAGAGAGAAGAAGAAAUAUCAAGGGCCUGAAUAAACUGCUGAAAGAAGAUUCCUGAGUUGCGUCUUCCUUGCGGGCAAGGGGUCGCGACAAGUGGUGCCGAGACCCGGGAACCAGAACUUUCAGCAGUCAGGGGUGGUGCACCGGUUAGUCCCAGGUAAGUGGGAUCCGCGACCAAAGCGGGGCAGCUCCUCUGUAAAGAAAGAGAGAGCAUUACAUUUUAUUGCAGCUGCACUGUGUACUUUCGCUUUUGUUUUCUGUGUUUCUUUUGUUGUGUCAUUUCGCUUUUGUUUUUUGUGCUUCUUUUGUUGUUGUGACGACAGGGACGCUCCCCUGUAAAAGGAAGAGAGCGGGGAAUUCAUAGAACGGAACGCUCCCCUGUAAAAGGAAGAGAGCGGGGACUUUUGUACUUUCACUUUCUUUAUAGCUCUAAAAACAUUAUGGGCGUUGCUUCUUCAAGCCCAAUUUUGUUGGCCCUAGAUGGGUUGUUACAUUCAAAAGGACUUAAGAUAAAGCAGAGUACUUUGCAGAUGUUUUUAAGAGAAGCUGAUAUAGCGGCUCCUUGGUUUGCUUUUUCAGGGAGUCUUACGAUUCCUAGCUGGGACAAAUUAGGGAAAGAUCUAGAUUUCGCUCAUGAGCAAGGUACCUUGCAGGGUGGCAUUAUACCACUUUGGAAGUUAGUUAGAGGAUGUAUAACAGAUGGUAAAUGCCAGGAAGCUGUAAGUGAGGGUCAAGCUAUUCUUGAGCAGCUGCAUGAGGAAAAAUCUGAAGGAUCAUGUAGUGAAGUGGCAGAGAGUAUUAAAAGUAACAGUAGUGAGAAGGCAAAAGAGCCUGAAGAUAAAAAUAGGAGAAGGCUCUACCCAGACUUGACCGAAUUAAAAACGCCUGAGAACACAAGCGACUCAGAGAGUUCUGAGGACCUUGAUAUAUUGUUACAACAACUACAUAAGAUAAAAACGAAAAAGAAGAAAAAGGAGACACAGGGCACGCAGGCCUACUGUAAGAAGGGGAAGGGAGUUAACAUCGGUCAACAAAACUCUGAGGAGGAGGAGGUAGAAUAUCUAGAAGAAGAUAUGGUGCCGAUUGCCCCACCUCCGUUUGUGGGGGGGAGCCAAGGUUCCGGGAGAUCUUUUCAUGCACAAGUUUGGAGGACAGUUAAUACAGAUAUGGGACUUGCAUACCCUGUAUUUCAGGACAAUAACAGGGGAAGAUAUCAUGAGCCUUUAGACUUUAAGAUAAUUAAAACCUUGGCAGAAUCUGUCCGCACUUAUGGCAUAGAUGCCGCUUUCACUCUCACUCAGGUGGAGGGACUUACUAGAUUUUGCAUGAUUCCCUCAGAUUGGGAUAGUCUAGAGAAAGCCUUUGAAGAAGUGGAGAGAACCUCAGGAGCUGGGUGUGCAGAGGGAAAAGGAGGAGGCAGUACAGACAGGGGAGUGGGGCUGGUCCAAGGGCCAGGGGAGCCCAGGCAGGAGGAGGCUGCUGGCUGCAGGACUGGAGCCCAGAGCCUCAAAGCUGGAGUCUUGGUACCUGUCACCUGA